AACCCGAGCCGGCCUGGCCCUGGCGGGAGUGUUGAACCAACAGGGUAAGCAAUGCUCGCUCCCGGGCCAGACGAGCCACGGCACCUCCGCCUAAAGGAGACAGGGAGCCGCGGGAGGAAGGCGCCGGCUCCCACGCAGGCCGAGCCCAGCCGAGCGGCACCCCAGCAGCACCGCCUUUGCAGGAGGUCAGCGGACGAGCGGCCGCGGCAGUUGGGGCGGGGCGCAGACAUGGAGUCCAAGGAAGGGAAGCUGGCCGAGGAGGGGAGCAGGGUCUCCCCAGCCACAGAGGAGCCCGAGAUGUCAGGGGCUUCCGCUAAGGCGACCGCAGCCCCGGCGGGGAAGACGGACGUGGAGGAUGCUGUCCCCACAGGGCCGCAGGGUGAAGCUGGGCGGCUAGAGGAGAAGCAAGGGGGGGAGCCCCAGAAGGAGGCCGGCGGGAAGGAGGCCAGCAGAAAGGAGGAGGAGGCCACAGUGGCCUCUCUGGAGACAGUGGACAGGAAGGAGGAGACCAGAGCUGAACCCCGGGAGGACGGGGAAGGGCAGGAGGCCACGCCGGCUGCACAGAAGCCAGUCCAUGAGAAAGAGGUCCCAGCGGAACCUGAGGAGAAAGACAGAGGAAACGGCAAAGACAAACCCACGCCCACAGAGGCUGGCGGGCACGAUGCCGUCCAAGAGGCCACAGCAGGACCUCAGAAGGCAGCUGUGGACAACAAACCCCCAGAGGCUGAUGGAAAGGAGGAGGCCGAAAGGGGUGCAGAGGAAAUGGAGCCCAGAGGCCCCGGGGAAGAGCAAGAGCAGUAUGAGGACAGAGAGCCGGAGGAGGGACUCAUGGGGGCCCCCAGCUCCCCUGAGGAGUGGCCCGAGAGCCCCACCGAGAGCCCCACCGAGGAGGGCCCCAGCCUCAGGCCAGAUGGAGAGGGCCCGGCGCCCACAGCCUCAGAAGAGACCGGCCCUGGGGACAGGCCCCAGAACCCACAGCAUGAGGAGUUCGGGCCCUCGGCACUGCCUCAGUGUGGCUCCUUACCCGCUGCCCGGCAGCUCAGAGGUCAGCAUCACCUGGGGAGCCCGGACCAGGGCUCUCUGCUCACCGGCUGCAUGACCCACGUGGACGUGCAGAACUUCUCGUCCAGCUGGAGCAGCGGCAUGGCCUUCUGCGCCCUCAUCCACAAGUUCUUCCCGGACGCCUUCGACUAUGCGGCGCUGGACCCUGCCGCGCGCCGGCACAACUUCACCCUGGCCUUCUCCACCGCAGAGAAACUGGCUGACUGCGCCCAGCUGCUGGACGUGGACGACAUGGUGCGGCUGGCAGUGCCCGACUCCAAGUGCGUCUACACCUACAUCCAGGAGCUGUACCGCAGUCUCGUGCAGAAAGGGCUGGUGAAGACCAAGAAGAAGUGACAGCUGAGUCAGGAGGGUCUCACUGCCACCCCUUGGGGACAGCAGAGCUGGGGGUCAGGCAGGGACAGGUGGCCCCCAUCUUGGCUGUAUUAAAAGGACUUUCGUAAAACCCUGUCUCGGUGUGUGGCACCUCUCCCUCCCCUGCCACACACAUCCCACAGAUGCGGCCAAAAAUAAACCACCGGCACGGGGCGGAUGGUUUGGUGACCGGGGGAUGAGGACUCCAACUCCAGCAAAACAUACGUGGACUGGGGACUUGAUGGUGUCACAGGAAGACGUGGGGGGCUCGCGAGUGCAGCUCACAGGUGACCCUGGGACUCGCGCCCUUGCUCCUCCCUCUAGGGCUGUCUGUCGCCCCCUCUGCUUCCUGGUCGCAGUGAGACAAGCAGCUCUGCUCCACUAGACCCUUCUGCCAUGUUUCUGCUGAGGCAGGGCACGCAGCGGGCCCUGGGCUGAACCUCUGCAGCGGGGAGCCUGGGUGGCCCUUCUCCUGAGCCCGUUGUCCUCGGGUGCCAGGCCACGGUGGCCGACGCCACGCUCACUCCACAGCCGCCGGUGGCGCCCUCCCAAGUUCUCCCCAGCUCUUCCCGCGCUUUCCCCUGGCUGGGGGCUCCAGGGACGGGGUGGAGGGGAAGAUUCUCCGGGAAUCUCAGUUACGGCUUGGAUCUGGACGUCUCCCCAAAGGCUCACACACCCAUCGCUGGGGCUGGUUCUAGGGUGCAUGAUACCAGGGCCAAGAGUGUGGGACACUAAAUCAGUCCACUAUUGGAGUCAGCAGAGCUGUGAGUGUGGCUGGAUGGGUUUACUGAGGACAGAAGUCCACAAUGAACACGGCACUGCCCGAAAGGUUUGUAGCCUGGAUGGAAUAAAAGGGAAAGGGCGAGCGGCUGUGAAUUCAGCAGGACGGCACCACACCGGCCUUGCAAGCACAAGGUCCUGAGUUCAGUUCCCUGCACUGCCAAAAAAAAAGAGGGAGGC